AAUCAAAAGACAGAAAGCUAUGAUCUCAUUAUUCUGAGAGAUAUAUAUUGGAUAUGAGUGGGAUCAAAAUCUAAUCACUGUUACAUUAUGGCGGGAGCAAACGAGAGAAGUAGAGAGAUUGGUAGAUGCAACAGCUGUGUGUUCCCAAGAGAUCUGCUCCAGAGAUUCAUCUCUAACUCAGCUCCUGAAGAUGUUGAAGAAGAAGAUGAGGAGAUAGAGUUGAAUCUUGGUUUAUCUCUCGGCGGGAGAUUCGGAGUUGACAAGAGCAGUAAGCUCGUGAGAUCUUCCUCCUCUGUCGUGGCGAAGAUGCCUCUUUCCCGGGAGCAGAGUCAUCAUCAGCCUGUGGAGACUUUGGUAGGUUUGACGAGAACGACGUCGUUGCCGAUGGAGACGGAGGAAGAGUGGAGGAAGAGGAAGGAGAUGCAGACUUUGAGGAGAAUGGCGGCUAAGAGAAGGAGAAGUGAGAAGCUUAGAGGUGGAAGCAGCAUCAAACCAACCGAAGCUGUUAGUAAUCCGGGAGAAGGUUCGAGGAAGAGAGGUAGACCGUUGUCUUCGGGGCUGCCACGGUGGUCAGGGAAGGUUAACAAAGGUGGAGGGCUUUUGAGACAACAUAGUGUUGGUCAUGAUUCACUUCAAGUCUCUGUUGAGUCUGGAGGAGGCACUGGUGGAGGAAGUUUUUCAAGUGUUUCCGAGUUUGAAACCAAAUCCCAUCAAGCAUCUAGCGAAGAAGCAAGAAGCCUACCAUUGCCACAACAACAACAGGAAGCAAUGGCAAAGCCGAAUAAUGGUCUAAGAAGAUUGAGUUCAGUGGACAUGAAGCCACCACAAGGAAAAGGGAGAAACGAGAUGCCAAGUGUGUUCACCAAAGGACCUAACGGGAAGAGAGUUGAUGGGAUUCUUUAUCGAUACGGUAAUGGAGAAGAAGUGAAGAUCAUGUGUAUCUGCCAUGGUGAAUUCAUGUCUCCUGCUGAUUUCGUUAAACAUGCUGGUGGUCCUCAUGUUGAGCAUCCUCUUAGGCACAUUGUUGUCAACACCUCUUCUCCUUCUAAUCUCUUUUAG